AUGUCAAUUGAAAAGAAAAGACCAAGAGGAUUAAAGGGCAGUGCUGCCUCCAAAGCCAAUAAAAAAGCCAAGACCGAAGAAGUCAGUAAUAAGUUGGAAAACGCUCAAACAGUUGUCAUUGACAAGGAAAUUGAAGAAGGUGAUGAAGUAGGAGAAACUGCUGCCCUCUUUGAAAACGCCAUUGAAAAGCUUGACUCUGAUCCUUCUAGUGCUUUGGCGUUACUUCGAGGCACUAUUCACGAAUCCGAUCGAAUUUUGCGUAAUCAUGACGAUCAAAAGGACGAGAAGCCAUUGCCUGCUAUUUUCUACUACACUUAUGGUUCCGCUCUUUAUGAAUUGGGUCGGUUGGCUGAAGAAGAAGAUUUUGGUCCUUAUUUGGAUGCAGCUGAAGAACGUCUUUCGGAAGGUUUAGAGCUUAAAGAUAGCGAAGAAGUCAUUCAAAAGAUUUACUUAUCACUUGCCAAGGUAUGGCUUGCUAAGGCUGCUAGCACUGUAUCUCAAGGGCAGCAAGAGAUCCCCGAAAUGUCUGUUAAGGCACUAGAAGCUCUUGAUAAGCAUUUAGUUGUCGAUGCUAAGAACGUAAAGGCAGUGGUCGAAUUGGCUGAUAUUGUUCAAAACCAUGGUGAUUUGUACGAAAACCCCGAGUCUCGCGAUAAGUUCAGACUUUGGGCCGAAAAUGUCUUGGAAAAGGUUUUGAAAGACGAACCUAACAAUGCUCAAGCUCUGUCUGCGCUCGGUUUGUGCAAAUUGUCUUUGGCUAACUUCAUCUUGGACAACAUGGAUAACUCAAACGAAGAUGAUGAAAAGACUGAACGUACCGAAGAAGAGGAGAAAGCCUACAAGGCCAUCCUUGAAAGCAAGGACUAUCUUGAAAAGGCUAAGGCUACACUUAUUGAGGAAGAUAAGCUGUCUCCACAAAUUCUCUCCGAUUUGGCUGAGACCUAUUUGAAUGAAGCCAACUUGACUUUGAAGGAAGAAGAACAGGCUGAAAUCUAUACAAAGGCGGCUGAUGCCAUCAAAGAAGCCAAGAAGUUGAUUGAGGAGAAGAGCCUCGACUUCACAUUACCCGAGGCUCUGACGUCUUAUUUGGAAGAAUUUGAAGCCUAA